UCUGGACUAUUGGGAAGAUGACCUACGUCGACGACGCAGGUUCAUACGUAAUGCUUUUGGAUCCACACAUCCUGAGGUCCCGCUGAAGACUGCUGAAGACUAUGGUACUGAGGACGAUGUGGUGAAGUCCAAGAAAACUUUCCGCACACAGGCUGUUGUGAAUCAGAGCGCCGAGACCGAGCUGAUGUUAGAGGGGGAUGAUGAUACAGUCAGUCUGUUGCAGGAGAAAGAGAUCGACAAUCUAGCAGCGUCUGUUAACUCCCAGGUCUUUGUUUCCAAAGGCCCUGUUGUCCUGAGCACUGCUGCUCAGUUAAUUGCGCCAGUGGUAGUAGCGAGAGGAACGCUGUCCAUCACUACUACAGAGAUCUAUUUUGAGGUAGAUGAAGAUGACUCUGCUUUCAAAAAAAUCGACCCCAAAGUUCUUGCCUACACAGAGGGUCUGCACGGAAAAUGGAUGUUCAGCGAGAUCCGAGCCGUGUUUUCAAGACGCUAUCUCCUCCAGAAUACAGCGCUGGAAGUUUUCAUGGCAAACAGAACUUCUGUCAUGUUCAAUUUCCCAGACCAGGCUACAGUGAAGAAGGUUGUAUACAGUUUACCUCGUGUUGGAGUUGGUACCAGUUAUGGGCUGCCACAGGCCAGGAGAAUAUCACUGGCCAGUUCUCGCCAGCUUUUUAAAUCCUCCAAUAUGACACAACGCUGGCAACGCCGGGAGAUUUCAAACUUUGAAUACUUGAUGUUUCUGAACACUGUAGCAGGACGGACAUACAAUGAUUUAAACCAGUACCCUGUGUUUCCUUGGGUUAUUACUAACUAUGAGUCUGAAGAGCUGGAUCUGACCCUACCAGGCAACUUCAGGGACCUAUCAAAGCCUAUUGGAUCUUUGAACCCAAAACGUGCAGUCUUCUAUGCUGAACGGUAUGAGACAUGGGAGGACGAUCAAACUCCACCUCACCAUUACAACACACACUAUUCUACAGCUGCCUCCACGCUGUGCUGGCUUGUCAGAAUUGAGCCUUUCACCAUAUUUUUCCUCAAUGCAAAUGAAGGGAAGUUUGAUUAUCCAGAACGGACAUUCUCUUCUGUGGCAAAAUCAUGGCGGAACUGUCAAAGGGACACAUCAGAUGUAAAAGAGUUGAUCCCAGAAUUCUACUACUUACCCGAAAUGUUUGUGAACAGUAAUACCUAUAAUCUUGGUGUCCGAGAAGAUGGGACUGCUGUUUCUGAUGUCGAGCUUCCACAGUGGGCAAAGAAGCCAGAGGAUUUCGUCCGUAUCAACAGGAUGGCCUUGGAAAGUGAAUUUGUUUCUUGCCAACUGCAUCAAUGGAUUGACCUUAUUUUUGGAUACAAACAACGAGGGCCAGAGGCAGUUCGUGGUCUCAAUGUUUUCCACUACUUGACGUAUGAGGGUUCAGUGAAUCUAGACAGUAUCACAGAUACUGCCCUUCGAGAGAUCCCAGAGCCUUAUUUCAUUAGAGAUCCCUAUACUUUUCUCCUUACAGCAGAUUUUGUGGAGGCCAUGGAAGCGCAGAUACAGAAUCUUGGACAAAUGCCAUCCCAGUUGCUUAUUGAGCCACAUCCGCCUCGAAGCUCUGCCAUGCACCUGUGUUUCCUUCCACAGAGCCCACUCAUGUUUAAGGAUCAGAUGCAGCAAGAUGUUAUCAUGGUGCUAAAAUUUCCAUCAAACUCCCCAGUCACCCAUGUGGCAGCCAACACGCUGCCUCAUCUAAGCACCCCUGCUGUGGUCACCGUGACCUGCAGCAGGUUGUUUGCAGUGAAUAGGUGGCAUAACACUGUGGGCCUUAGGGGAGCUCCAGGAUACUCCCUGGAACAAGCCCAUCAUUUGCCAAUUGAAAUGGACCCAUUGAUCGCCAAUAAUGCUGGUGUGAACAAGAGGCAGAUCACGGACCUCGUGGAUCAGAGCAUCCAAAUUAAUGCACACUGCUUCGUUGUGACCGCAGACAAUCGUUACAUCCUUGUUUGUGGCUUCUGGGAUAAAAGUUUCCGUGUGUACUCAACAGAAACAGGGAAAUUGACACAAAUUGUGUUUGGACACUGGGAUGUGGUCACUUGCCUGGCCAGAUCGGAGUCCUACAUUGGUGGCGAUUGCUAUAUCGUGUCAGGUUCCCGUGAUGCCACACUCCUGCUGUGGUAUUGGAGUGGUCGACAUCACAUCAUCGGAGACAACCCUAACAAUAGUGAUUACCCAGCCCCGAGAGCUGUCCUGACUGGUCACGACCAUGAGGUGGUUUGUGUAUCUGUGUGCGCAGAACUGGGACUUGUCAUCAGUGGUGCCAAAGAAGGGCCGUGCCUGGUGCAUACAAUUACCGGAGACCUUCUCAGAGCCCUGGAGGGGCCGGAAAACUGUGUCUUCCCACGCCUCAUUUCUGUAUCUAGCGAAGGCCAUUGCAUCAUCUACUAUGAGCGAGGAAGAUUUUGUAACUUCAGCAUCAAUGGGAAACUGUUAGGUCAGAUGGAGAUCAAUGACUCAACCAGAGCAUUGCUUCUCAGCAGUGAUGGACAAAAUCUAGUAACAGGGGGUGAUAAUGGUGUGGUAGAAGUGUGGCAAGCCUGUGACUUCAAGCAACUCUAUAUUUACCCUGGAUGUGAUGCUGGCAUCAGGGCUAUGGACCUCUCUCAUGAUCAAAGGACACUGAUAACCGGCAUGGCUUCAGGAAGUAUCGUAGCUUUUAACAUAGAUUUCAACCGGUGGCAUUACGAACACCAGAACAGAUACUAAAGCAAUUUCAAGGAAGGCUGAAGUGUGAUUGCCAGUUCCAGCUGAGAGCACAAGUGCUGCAGUGAGUGCCCCAGGUACAGGCGAUGGAAUGUGAUGCCCUCUGCAUUGACCUCUGUUGUACAUUCCAUUACACCCAGCAAUAGCUGUACAUUGUAUUCUUUCCAUGUAAAACCAAUCACAAUGUGUUUUUCCUCCACAACUGAGCACCAGCUGGAACAAAGAAAUGUUGUACUAAUUUACGAUUCCGUGAUGUAAAUCAGAUGAAAGGAACCACGUCAGGGUAAUUAAUAUUUCCAGGUAACUUUAUUUAUCGAUGGUAGUAGUAUCAAAGAAAAACGUUUCGUCUGAACAAGUUAUCCAGAUAUUAUUUUGAGCUUUGAGCUGUGGGAGACCUCUCAGAAAAUCGUCAUCACCCUUUCAUUUUUUUGCAGUAUCCAAACUGUGAAGCGAGAACACAUUUUAUAUGUUAAAUGGAUACUUUUAUUUUAAGAAAAUGAACCUGUAUAAGAAGAAAAUCAAUUACAAAGUUCCAUUGUACAAGGACUGUAAAUCCAGUGCAUUUGGUCCAACCCUUUGGGUAUUUCUUCAAAUAGCUGGUAGAUCUUAGCGGAGAAUAUCUGAUGUUGAUCAGUUCAUUGACUGUAAAGGACUAAUUUAACCUGACCAUCUGAUUUUACGGUGUGCAGUACGAGCCUCAUUCUAUGCUGUGUCGCAUGCAUAUUCUCAACUUGAAAUUCCAGUUUGGUUUCUGUACACUGUUCUAGGUUAUCUUAAUGAGAUGAAUAUUGUGAGAUCUUGGCUCUCCAGCUUAUAAACUACAUUUUCAGCUUUCCUAGCGGGCACAAGAAGGGGAGAACCUUGCUUCUUUUUUAAUAAAAAAACUGUAGCAAAGAUCAUUGUCAAAGAAAUUUCUGGCACAUUAUUAGGAUUAAACACACACACACAUACACACACACACGCGCACACACUACAGGGGUUUUAAAAAAAAAUCACUUCAUGUUUUCUUCUUUGUAUAUUUGGUGACUGUAUUGUCAAAUGUCAUAGAUGUACAUAUUGUGUUGGUAGGGCUAAGAGGCAUGUAACAAGAAUGUAAUUUCCCCAGAAAUUACACUCACUUUCAGUUUAUUUAAGAAAUAAUUAUUGGAUUCUUUGUAUUGGCACUUUGCACCAGAUACAUAUCAUUAUUUAUUGCUGUGAUUACUGAUUUGUCAUUCACACUGUAUUAGUAAAUUUUAGCACUGAAUUCUUUACUUGUUGUUUGUAUUUAAAGAAUUAAAACCAUGAACAAAACUCACUGCGUAACUAUUCAGUUGUACAUCACAUGUGUAAGCAAUAUCAUGCGUUUUUAGACUAGAAUCGGGGAGGGGGAGGGAAUAGCCAUCUGGAAAACAAAUCAUUUCAUCUGGAGAUCACAGUGAAAUAUUUUGGAUAUACAAAAUCCUUGAGCUAUUGUAACAAUGUUUUAUGGCAGAGAUGUAAAAUAUGCCAGAUGUGUGUCAGUUGGAAAUUAAAAACGAAAAAAUAAAAUAUGCAAA